UCUUUCAAGCAACCGAUUCGUCUACAAGAUACGCGGUAGCUGCGACGUGAUCGUUUAGUUAGCCAACGGCAACGACAGCGCACACAGAAUGAGCCAACUGGAGGAGAAUUUGCCAAAGCAAUUGGAGGUCACAAUUGUUGGCAGCGCAACAAGGUCAAAUAAGUUGGUCAAGAGCGAAGAGCAACAGAAUGAUUCAUCGGCAACGACAGCAGACACAUCCAAUUCAAAUGAAAAUCCCUAUCAACCGGCGGACUUUGAGACGGCCAUGGACACAGCGGGAUUUGGCAUAUUUAAUAUAUUGUUGAUCCUGGUGGCAGUUCCCUCUGCCAUGGGCACCGUUUAUGAGACGUCAACGAUGUCCUAUAUACUGCCCAGUGCCGAGUGUGAUCUGCAUCUGAGUCUAUUGGACAAGGGUAUACUGAAUGCCAUCACAUACGCUGGCAUGAUCUCCUCGGCCAUCUUUUGGGGUUACAUCGCCGAUACGAUGGGUAGAAGAAAGGUAUUAAUCUUUGGCUAUCUGGCCGAUAGCAUCUGUGUGCUGGGCGGUGCCCUGAGUCAAAAUGUUGUCCAGCUGAUGAUCUUCAAGUUUCUCGGUGGUUUCACUAUGAGUGGCCCAUUUGCCGUGCUGAUGACCUAUUUAAUGGAGCUUCAUGGUCGUCAGUAUCGCCAGCGUAUCAUGAUGAUGGUUGGCAUCAUGUUCUCCAUGGCAACUCUCAGUUUACCUGGUCUGGCAAUGGGCAUACUACCCCAAGUCUGGGAUUAUCAAAUCUUGGGACUAACAGUGCAUUCGUGGCAGAUUUUUGUGGCAGUGACCGCUUUGCCAAGCAUCGUGAGCUGUUCGCUGUUUCCAUUCUUUCCCGAGAGUCCCAAGUUUCUGAUGUCCCGCGGACGCAACGAGGAGGCCCUGGAGGCAUUCAGAUUCAUCUAUGCGCUUAACACCCGCCAGUCACGCAAAGCAUUUCCCAUCAAGGAGUUGGCCAGUGAAGUGGCUGUCAAACCGAAGCCAAAGGAGGACACUGUAAAGGAAUCCGCUGUCGAGGUGGAUGUUGAAUUGGCCUCCAAGCCAAAAAGUUCGCUACGUUUGGGAUUAUUGCAGCUACGUCCACUGUUCGUCAAACCCUAUCUGGGUCUGUCCCUUUGGGUCUAUUUGCUUAACUUUUGCGUACUUUUGGGCCAGAAUACGAUGCGCCUUUGGCUGCCCCAAUUAUUUGCGUCCAUCAACGAAUAUGAGCAACUGAUGAGCAACCAAGUCGAGUCUGGUGACACGAGCAUAUGCAACAUCAUUGAGUACAGUGUGAAUCGCACCCAAAGUCAAUUAGCGGCAUCUGUCCUCGAUGAUCCGGAUAAUCAGUGUACGGUUAAUGUCAGCCCAGCCAGCUAUACAAACAAUCUCAUUGUUGCCGCCGCCGGAUUGGUCUCAUAUAUGCUAGCCGGUUUUCUGGUCAAUCUGGUGGGAUUCAAGCGCAUUAUGUCCUUGGGUCUGUUCACCGCUGGAUCCUGUGCCAUUGGCAUGUACUGGUCCAGUUCCUCUGCCUCCACGGUGGCUCUGGCCUCCAUUUUCGUGACCAUGGGCAGCAUUUCAUCCACUUCGGUGAUCAGUGCCUCGCUCAGCAUGUUUCCCACCGCCCUACGCACCAUGAUCGUCUCGUUGAGUAUGAUGGUGGGUCGCAUGGGCUCCCUCAUGGGUAAUAUAUUUUUUCCAGCUCUGAUGGGCUUGGGAUGCAUACCGCCCUUUCUCAUGAUUAGUUUUUUUAUGUUCUUUGCCUGCUUGUUGGCCUCAUUUUUGCCUGUUAAGAACAAGGCUGCAUUGAAGUAACUCAAUUUCCAUAUUCAUCAACAUAAGACCCGAUCAAUUUCUCCACCUUUAGUUUUCCCUAGUUUUAGUCAUCUUUUUUUUUCUUUUCUUAUUUUCUUGUGUUAUUAAAACUUAAUUUAUUACAAAA